AUGGCUCUUACCAAAAAAUGCGUUGGGAAUAGUUAUAUAUUUUCUAUGAGCCGGUCCUCUGUGUUUAGAGCUCUACAUUUUGUAUCUAAAAUAAUUGUGGCUGUUAAGGGCAGUGAAAUUCAUUUCCCUUCAAGCUCGCAGGAUGUUUCAGAUACAAAGAGAGGAUUUUACAUGAAACUUGGGAUCAAGGGCACAAUCGGCGCAAUCGAUUGUACUCAUAUUGGGAUUGUUUCACCCCCGAACACAGACGCCACCACUCCACUCUCACAUUUAAUGAAUCGGAUAGGAUUUUACAGCCUUAAUGUAGAAGCAUUUUGUGAUCAUCGACUACUGUUCACCGCUGUCAACGCGAGAUAUCCCUUGUCUUGUCAUGAUUCUGGUAUUUGGACCACAUCUCCAACACGUCUGCACCUCAUAAGUACCUAUAACAUACAAAGUGAUUCGUGGUUGUUAGGUGACCAAGGAUAUCCAUUGGAGCCAUGGCUGUUAACGCCAGUCGCUGAACCUUCAAAUGCAAGGGAUGUGCGUUACAAUAAGUCGCACGCCAAAGCACGGAAUACUAUUAAGAGAGCCUUUGGUGUUUUGAAGUCACGAUUCCGAUGCCUCUCAAAACACCGCAUUCUUCAUUACAGCCCGGAAAAAGCGGACAAUUCUUCACAACAUUUUACUGAAGCAUGGUGUAGCUGUAGAUCUUGGCUUCGAAGAAGAAUUACAAGACACCGAAAUUGUUAUUCAAAACCCCAAUUUUAGGGAUGGUGCUAGAAUUAGAGGAUGCCUUUAUAAUAUACAUAUUUACAGAAGCGUUAUGUACUAUAAAUAUAAGUAUUUAUUUUGUUUAUUACA